AUGCUUUGUGUAACCCAACGGCUGGCAGGAGGCCGCGGCAUCCCAACGCGAGACGCUCUGCAACACGUCUUCGCCUACGGCGUUGGCGUGGACCUCACUCGGCGAGACAUGCAGCGCGCCGCUAAGAAGGCCGGUCGCCCGUGGGACUGUAGCAAGGGUUUCGACAGCUCUGGACCCAUCGGUGCCCUGACCCCGACUCUCCCGGCGAAGGACGGGGGGGUAGGCGCUGCCGCCGGACUCGCGGGCGACGAGGGGGGCCGGCGGAUAUGGUUGGAGGUGGGGGGGGGCAGACGCCAGGAUUCGGUGCUCGGGGAGAUGGUGUGGAGCGUCCCCGAGAUGAUCGCCAGGUUGUCGGAGCUCUUCACCCUAGAGGCUGGGGACGUCUUGUUCACGGGGACCCCGUCGGGGGUAGCACCUCUGGCAGUGGGCGACGACGUGGAAGCGAGGGUCGAGGGCUUAGAACCGUGCCGAUUCCGGGUCGGCCCGCUGCUUCCGCCAACGAUUCACUAA